UUGUCGUCCUCGCAGGAGGAGGCGGCGGGAAUCGCGCUGAGCAUCCUGGCUUCUUUUAAAAGCAGUGAGAUAGAACAGGCCGUGAGCUCGUUAGACAGGAACGACGUCGACGCGUUGAUGAAGUACAUUUACGAAGGGUUUGAGAAGCCGGCGGAGAACAGCAGCGCGAUCCUGCUGCAGUGGCACGAGAAGGUAUUAGCAGUAGGUGGACUAGGUUCCAUAGUAAGAGUUCUUACUGCAAGAAAGACCGUUUAAAAUGCUAUUAACCUGAACCAAGAUGACGAUCAAUUUUGGACCCAGAAGGAGGAAU